AUGGACAUCAGACAUGAUGACAAUGACAGGCGCAGACGCAACAACAACGGCUACCGAGGAGGCGGAAACCGCAAGCGUGCUCGCGACGAUGAGGAUGAUUAUCACUACGAUCCCCGCCGCCGCCCUCCCCAGCGCCAACGAGGCGGAGAUGACCAGCCAGCGUCGCGUCGCCGCUACGAGGAAGUUCCCUUCGCAAAACUUCGCCGCAUGACCUUGAACAUCGCCGGCUCUGCGCAACUUCCCCAGGAUGAGGCCAUCGAGCUCGCGAAGGUUUUUGCUGAGAACUACGACGACGAAAGGCUCAGGAACGACUACUUCGACAUCAUCAUUCAGCUUAUCCUUGAGCAGCCAGUGAAGAUCCCCUUCGUUGCAGCUGUCAUCUUCUACGGCAACGAUGCGAAGUCUGAGAUCAUGGCCGAUGCGCUCAAGCGCGUCUCGUCGCGUGCCCAAGAGGCCCUCAAUGGAGGUCUUUGGAAGGAAUUCAAGCUCAUGUUGCGCUUCCUUGCUUGCUUGCAGGCUCGUUAUGACGGGGAUGGAGUCUUCACUUUGCUGAACCAGCUUUUCGACACGGUCGUUGACUUGCAGAGUGCCAAUGAGAACGAUGUUGUUGGAAUUGAAUUGGUCAAGAUCAUCCUUUUGACGAUCCCCUACGCUCUCGCAUACUCCGGAAGUGCCUUCGAAUCUCAGGCCAAGGACGUCCUCGAUAACACCGGUAUCGUCGCUAGCAACAUGCUUCCUAUGGAGGGACUCAUUCACUCCUACUUGCCCGACAGCGAGGAGAAGCCUUUGGCAUACCACAGCGUUAUUGGCCUUCUUCAGCAACAGCUCACCACCGAGGCCGAGACCGGCUGGCCUCUCGUCGUUCUUCCCAAGUUUGACCGCGAGGGUCUUCGCAAGCAAGCGGGCGAGGACACCAUGACCGAUGCUCCCGCUUCUCACCCAUUCCCCACCAUCGAGAUCCCCUCUCCAAUGAACCCAGGCUCGCGCCCUCUCUUCCCGGAGUCCUAUCUCUCACUCUAUGGCAACCAGGAUUUGGUCACGGUUCCUGAUAUUACGAACAUCGCAUCGUCCUUGUUCCGCGACGCCAUUGUCGAUACCAUUGACCAACUUCACUUCAAUAGAGAUGCUGCCGCGAAAUUGCUCAUCGAAAUCGACAACUACUGGACCGUCGGUGUAUUCGCCAAGCGUAGCACUUCAUUCGAGUUGAUGCGCGAGAUCAACGAGGAAAAGGCUCACUUCAAGCCUGAAGAUGUGAUCAUGGACGCAAUCUUCUCGCAGAUCUUCAAGCUGCCUGCUCCGGAGCAUAAGCUGGUGUUCUACCACUCCAUCAUCACAUCUGCUUGCAAGAUUGCACCUACGGCCAUUGCGCCUUCCCUCGGACGAGCCAUUCGCGCUGUCUACAAGUACAUCGACAUUAUGGAUCUGGAGCUGGUCAACAGGUUCUUGGAUUGGUUCACCCACCACUUGAGUAACUUUGAGUUCAGAUGGCGCUGGACUGAAUGGCUUGAGGACCUUCCUCUAUCUGAUCUUCAUCCAAAGAAGGCGUACAUUCUUGCUGCGAUCGACAAGGAGAUUCGUCUCUCAUUUGCUAAGCGUAUUCGCUCAACUGUCCCUGAGCAGAUGCAUUACCUCAUUCCUAAUCGCCUUGACGAGGACAACAGCCCUGACUUCAAAUACGACGAUCCAAGUACUCCGUAUUCUCAAGAAGGUCAGGCACUUAUCACCCAGCUUCGCAAAAAGGCCUCCGAUGAGGUCAUACAGGAAAUCAUCAACAAGAUCCAUACCUUGGCUGUUGAGCAGGGCAUCGCCGAUGUGCUUGUGCCAUCUACUGACGCACUCGUCACUUCAAUCUGCCGCAUGGGCGCUAAAUCUCUGUCCCACGUUCUGUCCUGCAUCGAACGAAACAAGGAUCGCCUUUUGUCUGUCGCCAACGAGUCUGAUGCUGCUCGACGCCAGAUCGUUGCGAGCGUGGUCGAGUACUGGAAGGACCAACCUGGUGUCGCCGUGCGAAUCAUCGACAUUCUUCUCAACUACCAGAUCCUCGCUCCUAUCACCGUUGUCCAGUGGGCCCUUGGCGACUUCCUCGGUGCCGGCGAGGUCCUGGCCAAGAGCUGGGUGUUCGAGAUGGUAUCAAACACCAUGAGCAAGGUCGCGAACCGAAACCGCCAGAUCAUUGUCGCCCGUUUCCAGAAAGGACUGCCCCAGGAGCAGAUCGAGAUGGUCGAAGCCACCCUCACCAAGGACCGCGAGAGCGCCCGCGAACUCUUCAAGUACAUCGACGACCAACUUUCUGGAGUCGCCACCGGCGCUGCCGACACACUCAUCGAGCGUGAAUCUUCUGGCGAGUUAAGCGCUGAGGACGGCCAAUACGUCCGCGCUUGGGCCGUCCGCUGGCGCACCGUGUUCCAGCGCAAGGCACAGGUUGAAGAGUCGGUCGUUGGUGAACAGGCGGUAGAUGCUAAGAUCAAAUACCUCGCUGCACAGCCCGAGCCUGUUCCUAUCGAAGAAGAUGCCAAUGCCGCUGGCAAUGGCGUCGACGUCAAGAACAGCGACGAGAUCGAACUGGACAUCUAG